AUGCCUAACGCCGCACUGGAGUUGGGCGCUCCGGCCGUCCCUCCAGGCCAGCGUCACCGCUGGCCCCCGGCCGUCGGCCCCUCACCGUGCGACGCCGGCUCCAUGCCUAACGCCGCACUGGAGUUGGGCGCUCCGGCCGUCCCUCCAGGCCAGCGUCACCGCUGGCCCCCGGCCGUCGGCCCCUCACCGUGCAACGCCGGCUUCAAGCCCACAGCGCCGCACUGGGAGUUGGGCGCUCCGCGCCAUCCCUCCCGCCAGCGAUCCGUUACGCUGGCAACCGUCUGCUUUCCGAAAGAGGCAGCGUUGCUGCUUUCCGAAAGAGGCAGCGGUGCUGGCUUUCCGAAAGAGGCAGCGGUGCUGCUUUCCGAAAGAGGCCCGAUCGAGGCCUGUUCCCUCUGCGGCCUCAGUGGCCUGCGCAGCGCGCUGCUGAUGGCGGAAUAA